AUGAAGACUUUUACUAACAUCGAUCUCAUCGACCAGGUAGACUCGUACCCGUACGAACAGGACAAGACCGGGUCUGCUAAGCCGCUUGGGUCUGUCUACACCCUCGUAUGGAAUGAUUCCGAGGGCGAGGUGCCUCUCGGAUACGUCCUGCCGAGGGUGGUGGAGAAGCUGCUCGAGGCGCCCGACAACAUCAAAGGCGAAGUCCAAGUCAACUCGGAGAAGCGCACCGUUCGCGCCUUUCAGGGGCCGACAUUGGAGAGCCGCAGCAAGCUGGCAGCAAAUCUGUCAGACUAUUGGAGGGCCAACGACGCCUUCCCCAUCCUCCGGGGUUGGCGCGACGAGCUGUGGCCUGUUUAUGGCCGUCAUGGCGAGCUUCUCUUCGACAUUGAAAGGGCUGCCUCUGGGUUGUUUGGCGUCAUGAGAUAUGGCGUUCACAUGACAGCCUUCGUGCGCUGUCCAGGUGUAAGCCACGGCAUCAAGGUCUGGGUGCCGCGCCGCUCUCCAACCAAGUCGACGUUCCCUGGCAUGCUGGACAACACAGUUGCUGGCGGGCUGAUGACGGGUGAAGACCCGUUUGAGUGUGUAAUCCGUGAAGCGGACGAGGAAGCUAGCCUUCCAGAGCAGGUUGUUCGCCACCAGGCAGAGUAUGUCGGCGGCGUCACGUACAUUUAUAUCACUGAGUCAGAGGCGGGCGAGGAGGGGCUCAUCUAUCCCGAAGUUCAGUGGGUUUAUGAUCUCGAACUACCCGAAGAUAUUGUGCCGCAGCCAAAGGACGGCGAGGUCGCCGAUUUUAGUCUUUGCACCGUUGAGCAAGUCCUGGAGGGGCUGGCACAGGGCAAGUGGAAGCCCAACUGUGCGCUCGUCAUCCUCGACUUCUUUAUCCGCCACGGCAUCCUGACCAGAGAUAACGAGCCUAAUUACGACCAAAUCGUACGAAGAAUCCAUCGAAGAAUUCCGUUCCCUGGGCCGCACAACCAGGAUCCAUCUCUGGGGGCCAUCGACGGUUGA